AUGAUGUCCUUGAAUAGAAGCUGUUUUCUGGGGAAACCGGGCAUUGCUGGGUCUUCAAGCCCAUUCUCUCAGAGCCAGAAGAGGCGGUCAACGUCGCUAAAAGUGGUGGCUGUGGUCCGAAAAGUCCGGACAAGCGACCGAAACGGUAGCGUUGUGAUGGAAAACCCAUUGCAGGACGUGAAGGCCGAAUCCGAGGUGUUUGAGCUGAAAUCUACCGUCCAUGGUGGGGUACAAGACGUGUACGGUGAUGAUACUGCCACCGAGGACCAACUCGUCACGCCCUGGAGUGUCUCGGUUGCUAGUGGAUAUACAUUGAUACGAUCUCCACACCACAACAAAGGUCUUGCUUUCACAGAGAAAGAGAGAGAUGCCCAUUACUUGCGUGGUCUUCUUCCCCCAAUUGUUAUUUCUCAAGAACUUCAGGUUAAGAAAAUGAUCAACAGUAUCCGUCAGUAUCAAGUUCCACUGCAGAAGUAUAUCGCUAUGAUUGAUCUUCAGGGGAGAAAUGAAAAGCUAUUCUACAAGCUUCUUAUUGAACAUGUUGAGGAAUUACUUCCGGUUGUCUAUACUCCUACUGUCGGUGAAACUUGCCAGAAAUAUGGAAGCAUCUUUACGCAACCACAGGGUCUUUUCAUAAGUUUGAAAGAAAAGGGCAAGAUUCUUGAAGUAUUAAGGAACUGGCCUGAGAAGAAUAUUCAAGUCAUUGUUGUCACUGAUGGAGAGCGGAUCCUAGGGCUUGGGGAUCUUGGCUGUCAUGGAAUGGGUAUUCCUGUGGGUAAACUUGCUCUAUACACGGCACUUGGAGGAGUUCGUCCUUCUGCUUGCUUGCCUGUAACCAUUGAUGUUGGUACAAACAAUGAGAAGCUGUUGAAUGAUGAGUUCUACAUAGGGCUGAGGCAAAAGAGGGCUACUGGGCAGGAAUAUGCCGAACUCCUACAAGAGUUCAUGACUGCAGUCAAGCAGAAUUACGGGGAGAAAGUUCUCGUUCAGUUUGAAGACUUUGCAAACCACAAUGCUUUUGAACUGCUUGCAAAGUAUGCCUCAACUCAUCUUGUUUUUAAUGACGAC